AUGACAGCGGCAGCUGGGAACCCUAAGAAGGAGUCCAAGAAGCCUAAGUACUCGCGUUUCACGCAGCAGGAGCUGCCGGCGUGCAAACCGCUGCUGACGCCAGCAUGGGUGAUCGCGACGCUCUUUCUUGUCGGCGCCGCCUUCAUCCCCAUCGGAGUCGUCGCUCUCAUGGCGUCUAACAGCGUGGUGGAGGUGGUGCAGCGCUACGACGACAGCUGCGUGCCGGCCGGCAAGGACGGCGUGGCGUACAUUCAGGACGCGUCCAUCGCCAAGAAGUGCGACGUCCGGAUCACCGUGCCGAAGCGCAUGCAGCCGCCAGUGUUCGUGUACUACCAGCUCACCAACUUCUACCAGAACCACCGCCGGUACGUGAAGAGCCGCAGUGACAGCCAGCUGCGGGGCACCAACAUCAGUGGCAGCGACUUUGACGUGUGCCAGCCAGAGGCGUACCUGUGGGACAACACGUCCUCGCCCAUCCGGCCGUGCGGGCUGGUGGCGUGGUCGCUGUUCAACGACUCGUACGCCAUCACGGACGCCAGCAGCGGGCAGCAGCUGGCCAUCGACAGCAGCAACAUCGCGUGGCCCAGCGACCAGAGCGGCAAGUUCGCUGGCGUGCCGCCCGAGAACUUCAACACCGUUGACAACCUGCGCGGCGGGGCACAGCUCAACACACUCCUGAACCAGUCGGAGAAUCUGAUGGUGUGGAUGCGCACGGCAGCGCUGCCCACGUUCCGCAAGCUGUAUGGGCGCAUCAACACGCCGCUGGAGGCGGGCAGUACGCUGGCGGUGGUGCUGCAGAACAACUACAACUCCUACCAGUAUGGCGGCCAGAAGGCCCUCGUCCUCUCCACCGCCAGCUGGCUGGGCGGCGCCAAUGGCUUCCUGGGCCUCGCCUACCUCACCGUGGGCGGGCUCUGCUUCCUCCUCGGCCUCCUCUUCUUUGUCCUCCUCUUCACAAAUCCCAGGCAGGCUCAACAUGUGCCUCCACCUGCAACCACUGAUGGUGCCGCUGCUGUGGAUGGCACGCAAUAA